AUGAAGACCAUCGCUCGUCGUAUGUUCCUCGGGGGUUAUAUGCUCAACGGACACUAUGUUCCUACAAUGGAAGAGCUCAUAGAGUAUCAAGCAAUGCGUGGUGAUCGCUAUGCAGAUAGCGUCAAGUAUGGCUAUGGCACCGUCUGGUUUUGCCUUGCGACUCUCGCCGUCUUCUUUGUGGCACGCUGGCUCAAAGUAAUCACUUUGUGGGCGAGGGUCAAUCGGACUCCACAGGUCGUGCCAAAGAAGCUCCUUGCCCUUCUGCGUCUAUUCUCCUAUCCGCGUCUACCGUACUCGGUUUCCCGCAUCGUGAAUACUGUAUGGACCAUUGGGUCUUUGGGACCCAACAUUAUGCUGUUCAUCGCACUCUUGUUCACGAGUCUCUACUGCUGGGUCGCCAGGUACUAUUACAGCGCGCCAUUCUAUGGUAGUCCUCCAUUGGCGCUGCGUUCGGAGUGGAUUGCGACUGCCUUGAUCCCGUUCGUCUUCGUCCUCGGAGCCAAGCGAAAUCUCAUCUCCUGGGUCGUCGGCGUCUCUCACGAGAAGCUCCAAGUGUUUCACCAAGGGGUCGCGUUCUUGAUCGUGUACAUGUCUCUUGUCCACACCAUCUCGAUGAUCGUUCAAGCAUGCUCCGAGCUCCCGUUCCGUCAACACUACGUUUCCGAUUAUAUUUGGUGGAGCGGAUUCGCGGCGCUGGGUGCACUCCUCUGGCUGUGGUUGGGAAGCUUGCCAAUGAUUCGGCAUCAUCUCUACGAAGGCUUCUAUCUCUUGCACAUAGCGGCCUCUAUCAUGUUCAUUGGAUUCCUGUACUACCAUGGAUUCGGCCUGCUUGACACCGAGUAA